UAACGCCCCCGCUGUUGCUUGCGUGCUCCCGCUGCUAGUUGCCUUGCCAGUUGCGUCGCUGCUCGGCUCGUUCCCCCCAGUGGCCCAGUCCCAUACCACCACCACCCCCCACAUCCGUCUCCUCUGUCCCUUCCCUGCGCUGCCCCCGCCUCCGCCUCCACGCUUCCGUCCACUCCUCCUCCUCGCCUCUCUCGCUCGCACUCGCGCACACCCCAUUGCUCUUCGCGCGGUGGAUCUGGGCGACCGGCGUCGGCCUCCGCACUCCACCCGGGCGGUUGCGAUCUGACCGGGGUGAGCACGGGCGCGCGGCGAAUGGUGUGAUCGGCCGGUCGGGAAUUGGGAGCGUGGCGAUGCGGCGGGCUCCGGGGGGCCACCGCGGCGGGGGCGGCCGGCUCCCGCUGCUGCUGCUGCUGCUGGCGCUGCAAGCAUUGGCAGCGGCGCCGAGGCUAGCGGGCGCGGUCACCGACGCGGCCGACGUCUCUGCCAUAAAUGGAUUGUAUGUUGCACUGGGAUCGCCAACUCUUCCUGGAUGGACCGGAAAUGGCGGAGACCCCUGUGGCGAGCUUUGGCAGGGUGUUGUGUGUACCGGUUCUACUAUUACUGGAAUAACCAUGAAUGCUGCAAACCUGGGAGGACAGCUGGGCAGUUUAGGUAACUUCACUUCGAUCAUCACCAUAGAUCUUAGCAACAAUAAUAUUGGUGGAACCAUUCCGGAAGACCUACCUGUUACAUUGCAGAGUUUAUUCCUCUCCGCUAAUCAGCUCACUGGAAGCAUCCCAAGUUCACUGUCAAAAAUCAAAAACUUAACAGCCAUGUCAGUCAAUGGCAACCAUCUAAACGGAGACCUUCCAGACGCUUUUGAUUCACUCAGUAGACUUGUAAAUUUGGAUAUUUCUUCUAACAACAUGACUGGCGUGUUACCCUCUUCAAUGAAAAGUUUGGCAUCUUUGACUACAUUGCACAUGCAGGACAAUCAACUGUCUGGGACCCUUAACGUCUUACAGGAUCUCCCACUGAAAGACUUGAAUAUAGAGAAUAAUAUGUUUUCUGGACCGGUGCCUGCAAGUUUACUGAACAUACCGAACUUCAAAAAGGACGGGAAUCCAUUCAAUACCAGCAUAGCCCCAUCUGCAUCACCGCCUUCACCAUCGACAGGAAUGGCACCAACUCCAACACCAGCAGGACCAAAACCAGCUCCAACACCUGCAUCAGCACCUACUAGUUCAAAUUCAACACCAGUACCAGCACCUCCAUCACCUGCUUCAAGAGCUCCUCCACCAUCUAAAACAACCUCAAACACUUCUGAAGGAUCAACUACCCGAGAUAGCACUUCACCAUCUAGGAAACACAGUACCUCGACCCUUAAGAUUGUUGGUUUUGUUCUUCUCGGAGUGGUGCUGUUCAUAAUUAUGGUCCUUCUAGUAUUAUUUUGUCUAUCCAAGUACGAAGAGAGACAGACAAGAUAUGAUCAUAAUAGAAGUCAGCUGGCAAGGGUGCAUCAUAGAGUUGAACCCCAAAUCAAGCCACCUCCAGUGCAACAGAGGGAUGAUGUUAAAAAAGGGCAAAGUGAGGGACUUGAUAGGAGGGGUCGUGAGCUUAGUUCAUCAGCAGCAGCUGUCCCUAAGAAGUCUCCUGAAAACCAAAAGGAGCACGUAAUUAAUUUCGAUCGAACAGAAUCAGAUCUUUUUCCAGUUCUCCCACCACCCCCUCCACCACCUCUACCCUCAAUUGAAAGAGUUGCUGCAAAUCCCAUUGUUCCACCAGAAAAGAGAUAUAGUCCUCCACCAAGAACGAGUACCCCGACUUCUGCCACACCAUUCUCUGUUGCAUCUCUUCAGCAAUAUACAAAUAGUUUCAGCGAGGAGAAUGUGAUAAGAGAGAGCAGAUUAGGGAAGGUAUACCUAGCAGAGCUUCCUGAUGGCAAGUUAUUGGAGGUUAUGAAGAUUGACAACGCUAAUGGAAGAAUAUCAGUAGAUGAUUUCCUAGAACAGGUUGAAUGUAUCUCAGAGAUUAAGCAUCCUAACAUUCUGGAGUUAGUUGGAUAUUGUGCUGAAUAUGGGCAGAGGUUACUCGUGUACAAUCACUUUAGCAGAACAACACUAGAUGAUGCACUUCAUGAUGCAGAGGAAACUGGAAGUGCUCUGUCAUGGAAUGCUCGCCUUCAGGUUGCUCUUGGUUCAGGAAAAGCCUUAGAGUAUCUGCAUGAAAGCUUCCAACCUCCAAUUGUGCACCAAAAUUUUGAACCAGCUAAUGUGCUCCUUGAUAAAAAAUUCUCAGUGUGUGUUGCGGAAUGUGGACUGGCAGAAAUGAUGCCAUCAGGUUCAGUCACUCAGCUGUCAGGUCGGAUGCGCGCAUUGAUGAACUAUGAAGCACCCGAGUUCCAGGAUUCUGGGGUCAUUUCAGAACGGGGUGAUGUCUAUAGCUUUGGUGUAGUGAUGCUAGAACUUCUUACUGGGCGUAAACCGUAUGAUAGUUCACGCCCACGUCAUGAGCAACAUCUUGUUAGAUGGGCCAGUUCUCAGCUUCAUGACAUUGAGUCCCUGUCCAAGAUGGUGGACCCAUCUAUACGUGGACAAUGUUCUGAGAAAGCAUUGUCACGAUUUGCUGACAUAAUCAGCCGCUGUGUCCAGCGGCAGCCAGAGUUCAGGCCGCCAAUGUCUGAAAUUGUCCAAGACCUAGCUAGACUUGUAAAUGCUACUGGUGAGGAAUCAGAGUAACAGAAAAAUUGUGGAGCACAUACAAAUACAAACCUCACGACCAAAUAGCAUGAUGUACAAAUUUUGAGAAGGUAAUUGUUUUGCCACAAUUCCGAGGAGAAAUUGUGAAGAUAUGUUUUCCUCGGAGAGCAUUCUACACUCCAUAUUCUGAGGAGAAUCUUGUGAAGAUAUAUUUUCCUCGGAGAGCAUUCUACACUACAUAUUCUGAGGAGAAUCUUGUGAAGGUAGAUUUUCCUCUGAGAGCAUUCUACACUAACUCAUGUCAAAUUGGAGCUUCAUUUACACAUGACAGGAGGGUGGAGGUGCAAACAUUCGUGCACCUGGUUGCUGAUGAUAAAAUCCAUGUAAUUUUUGCAGACGUGAUAUUAUAGUGGACCCUGAAUUCUUGUAACUAAUGCUCAGGAAUUCGUUAAAUUGGUCACAGUUGUUCCAUUCAUCGUGUGUUUAUUAUAAUGUUGCAUCUUCUCUGAGCAGUCGAAGAAAAACUGCCCAGCCUUUUACA